AUGCGAAGAAAGGAGUUGGAUGAGGAGCUUACUGAAGUUCUGGAUAGUCAAGAAAGGCUUCUUAGUUUCAUUGAAGAUAAAAGACUAAAAGUUAAUGAAGUUGGUCUAAUGAGCUUGACAGAAAGAGAAGCUAAUGAUUUCCGUAAUUACACUUUGCAUGAAAUCUUUAAAUGUGGAAAGGAAAUACGGCUUGAAACUGAGGAGGAGAUUGAGGAGGAGGAGGAGGAUGAGGAUGAUGGGGAGGAGCACAAGGAAGAUGAUGAGAUUGAGAAGGAAGAGGAUGACAAGGUUGAGGAGGAGCACAAGGAAGAUGAUGAUGAUGGUGAUGACAAUGACAAGGAGGAGCACAAUGAAGAUGGUAAUAUGCAUGAUCAUAAUGAUGAUGAUGGUGGUGAUGACAAUGACAAGGAGGGUAGUAAGGGUGGUGAUAUGCAUGAUCAUGACAAUGACAAAGAGGGUAGCAAAGGUGGUGAUGACGAGCAUGGAACUGAAUCUGAAAGGAAUGAAGUUCCGUCUGAAACUCCUGAAAAGCAAAGUACUCCUUCACCAAAGACCAAUGAGGCAAAUGAAGAAGAGGAUGGCAAGGAUGGAACAAGCCAAGGAGUUGAGUCUGAAACUGGUAACAAGCCAAGCACUCUUCUGCCAAAGGAAGUUGAAAUCCCUGAAGGUCAAGAAGAGCAUAUGAACCUUAAUGACCAGGAUACUUCUCAAACUGAUGAAAUUGACAAAGUAGCUGGGUGUGAAGCUGCUAACAAGCAAAGUACUUCUAUGCCAAAGACAAGUGUAAUCAAUGAAGAUAAACAAGACCAAGUGAACCUUGAUGACCAGAAUGUGAUGGAUGGCACUCGAACAGCUGAAAUUGAUGAAGCUACUAUAAUUGCAGCUGAAGCCAUAUUGCAGUUCAUUAAACAAAAUCCUAGUGAAUUUUUUAGCAGCCAAGAGGUAGAAGAAGAGAAGACGACUCCAGUGAGGACAAGAGCAGGGAGGAUGAAAGAAGCAGAGAUGUUGAAGACACAAGCCGCUGGAAAGUUGUCCAAGACACAACAAAAGAGAAAUGCAAAAAGAAAGCUAGAUCCUGAAUUCACUGCCGAGGAUAAAACAAAACGAGUUGUGAUAAAAGCAGAUCCAAAAGGCAAGGGGAUCAAAGAGGGACAAGAACCAGGCUAUCCUUCCCCAAUAAAGAGAAAGGGAUAUGUAUAUCGUCCUCACAAUCCAUUGCCAGAUGUUCAUCUAUCACCACUAUACCAUGCUAUACAACCAUGA